GAGACUUUGUGUGUGAUUGUGUAACUACGUCAGUUUUAGUUACAUUCUAUAUCCUUUUGUUUUCGGCUAACAUUUUCAUCCUCAGGACUUAUUUUCCCAUUUUGUUGAUUCAGGGAUAAUAAAAAAAGAAAGACAGAAAAUAAUCAUUUGGGUCAAGAUGAACAAAAUUAAAACAACGUGACAGCACUAUUUCAUUUCCUGAACUUUGUUAUAAAGAAUACGAACAAUGGGAUGUAUACAGUCGAAAAAAACUGGAUUUGAUGAUCCAGGAAAGAGUGAUGGUGACGGCACAGAGCUGGGCAAACUGAAGAAGUCUGGGAAGAAAGACAACAGCAAUAAAUACGAGAGGGACCCUACUGCCCACCUCGACCAGCCUGCAUCGCCAGGUGCCAGUGACAGUACUUCUAACACCCCAACUCUGCUUUUUAAGGGAUCUAAGGUUUUGACUGCAUUGUAUGACUACACAGCACGAACCAAUGAUGAUCUCAGCUUUACAAAGGGAGACAAGAUGGAACUUAUUGACGACAGCGAUGGAGACUGGUGGUUGGCUAAACAUCCCGGUCAGACAGAACAGGGUUACGUGCCCAGUAACUACGUCGCUUUGGAGAACACAAUUGAGUCGCAGGAUUGGUAUUUUGGCAAGAUAACGAGGAAGGAAGCUGAGCGUUUGCUCAAAGAGCCGAGUCUGUCUGCUGGAGUUUACCUGGUACGAGAAAGUGAAACCUGUCCAGGUGUCUAUGUGUUGUGUGUACAUGAUUUCGACCCUAAUAAAGGAAACUGUGUGAAGCAUUACAAGGUCAGGAACAUGGAUGAUGCAGGUUGCUACAUCACCACCAGGAAGACUUUUACCAAUCUUAUCGAAAUGGUCGACCAUUAUAAACUGGCUGCAGACGGGCUGUGUCACAAUCUCACCUCGGUCUGUCCCAAACCGAAGCCUGUGAUGGAGGACCUGUCUCGCGAAACCAAAGAUGACUGGGAGAUCCCACGACAGUCUCUGACGUUUGAGAAUAAACUAGGAUCUGGGCAGUUCGGGGAAGUCUGGAAAGGCAAGUGGGCUGGAAAGACCGAUGUUGCCAUUAAGACUCUGAAGGAGGGCACCAUGACGACGGAGGCAUUCCUUGCGGAGGCGCAGAUCAUGAAGUCAUGUCGUCAUGACAAGCUGGUGCGACUGUACGCCGUGUGCACUGUGGGUGGGCCCAUCUACAUCGUCACGGAGCUCAUGAGCAAUGGCAGUCUGCUCGAUUACAUGAGGAACGGGGAUGGCAAGACGCUUGACAUGCAGCAUCUCAUCGAUAUGGCCGCUCAGAUUGCAAGUGGCAUGGCAUAUUUGGAGAGUCACAAAUCCAUUCAUCGAGAUUUGGCAGCAAGAAAUAUUUUAGUUGGGGACAACAAUAUCUGCAAGGUGGCUGACUUUGGGUUGGCCAAAGUGAUAGAAGACGAUGAAUACAACCCUAAGCAAGGAGCCAAGUUUCCAAUAAAGUGGACCGCACCAGAGGCUGCUCUGUACGGCAAGUUUACCAUCAAGUCCGACAUCUGGUCGUACGGAAUUCUCCUCAUGGAGAUCAUGACCCGAGGACAGGUGCCAUAUCCUGGAAUGAAUAACCGUGAGGUGAUGGAGCAUGUAGAAAGAGGAUAUCGGAUGCCAAAGCCUACAGACUGUCUGGACCCAGUUUACGAGAAAGCCCUGGAAUGCUGGGACAAGAGAGCAGAGAAAAGACCAACAUUCGAACAUCUCUUUAACUUCUUUGACGACUACUUUGUCGAAACUGAAAAAGGAUAUCAAGCUACCAGUGAUUAAAGAUCUUCCAGACUGAGUGUUUUACAUUCUGUGAUGUUGCUGGUGAUUAUCAAAUAACUUACAAAUGCACAGACUUGUGAUAUUUUAAUUUGUAUACAAAUUCCUUGUACAAGACUUACAUCGAAGAAAGAAAAUUAAAUCUAUUAUCCCUAACUACUUACUGGAUAGAGGCUUUAUUGCCAUAGUUUUACUUGCUCCUGGGUACACAUGUAGUUGUUUGGAAACGUAACUUAUGUUAUCAGGAUGUUAACACUUGUUUAUUGUGUUGUUCUGUUAUGGCAAGUUAAUUGUGUUAGCAAAACUACACAUACAUACACAAUACACACAUACACAUACACAUAUACAACAUAAUAUACACACACACAUACAACAUAAUAUACACACACAUAAAACACACAGACACAUCAGUGUACACACAUCAAUAUACUCAUAUGUGCACACACACACAAACACACACACACACAAGAAUUGAAUUUAAAUACACACACAUACACAUUAAUUCAAUCAAACACACAUUAGCAACAAUAAAAAUAACACAAUUUACAUUAAUUAAAAGACCAUAUUUUCUACAAUCAUUUAUUUAAUUUAUAAUUUAGUAUGCAGUGGCAUAGGAAGGUGCCAAAAAGUUUGGGGUGGGCACACACACACACAUAUAUAUAUAUAAACCAUUGCUGCUGCUACUGGAUCAAGAAAAGUGGGGGGGGUCACAUGCACCCUUGCCCCUCCCCACUUCCUGCACCAAUGUUAUGCAUAAGAAAACAAAAGAAAAAAACAGUUGUUGCCUAAGAUAUUCCUUAAUUGGGUAGAAUAUUUCAUUCCUUCUUAUUGUAACGUUUGAGUUUUAUGCCGACUUGGUCAUCACUUGUUUCAUGUCUUACCUUUGCUUGACACUCAAUAGCUGAUGUAUACUUUGUGCUGGGGUGUCACUAAACAUUCAUUCAUUCAUUUAUUCAUUCGUUUCUUAUUGAUCUAUCAGAUUCUGUGGCAGAUCAAAAAAAUCCAUUUCGGGGGACCCCGACGACGUGUGGCUGAAGGUGACAAACAUUCCCGAAAGUAUUCCUCUUAAUUCUCCAACGUAAAUUUUUUUACAAAAUUAAAUUAAAUUAUUACUGUCGCAAAAUUUAUGUGGGAAGGUGGGAGGGGGGGGGCCUUAGAUCCUCCAUGGAGAUUAAAAAUAUAAUAAUAUACAUUUGGGUAAAGUUAUUACAAAAUAGCCAAAUUCAAUUUAAAUUUCUUAAUUUAGCUAUUUGGUGUUUAAGGUUUGUUAAGACUGUAUUUGUAGGGAUAAAAUUAUUUUACAUUUGAGUAUUGAUUUUUUUUUUUUAUUACUGGGUUUGUUAUUCAACUAGAAUUUGGUAUCUUGGAAUAAUCAUAAAAAAAAUUCUGGUAAUUUUUUACUUAUUGGAGAUGAGGAAUAUAGAUUUUUUUUUUCAUCUACAGAAGUGAUGUUUGUUUGAUUUCAAUUGUUUUAACAAAUUAUUUUACAAUAUUAUACAUGUACUAUACAAAUAUAAUUUGAUUAAGAAUCUAUAGACGCUGUUUAUAAUUUAUUACAGUAGUAGUAAGUUGUUACAUCUUGGUUUACACUGUAAACUUUAUUACCUGCAUUGGUGUUGUUUUUUUGUAUAUAUUUUGCAUUUAUUGUUAAGCUAAGAAAUGGGAGAAUCUUGCAUUCCAAUUUCCUGUUGAUAUAUUUUUUUUUAAAUACUUGUAGUACUUACAUUGUUUCGCCUUGAAAUCUGCAUGAAAGCUUCAAAAUAUUACAAUUGUUGGAAAGUAAUGUGUUUCAUGUUUUGUAAAACAAUCGAAAACAAAAACAACAGUCUUCCGGUGAUGAGCAAAAUAAAUUGUAUGAAUGAACUUGUAUUGUAUAUAAAGGAAUGUCUGAACACUUUGUUGAUAGAUAUUCGUACAAUUUAUUUUUAGCUAUGUCAUGUUAUCAGCUUCCCAUACCAUAUAAUUUAUUUAAACUCAGUACAACUUUAUAUAAACAUGUUAUUUUUAUACACUGAUUUGUUUGCUGGUAAUUAUUACAUGAUUUAAUUACCUAGAAUUUUUUUAAAAAAUGAAGAAUGGACAUAAUUCAGUAUUUCGAAGGUCAUUUGAACAAUUGACAUAAUCCACCAUCUGAAGAAUUCAACAUUUGAAAGAAUGACCAUUCUACAAGGAUGAACAUAAUUAAACUUUUGAAGGAAAUGUACAUAAUUCAGCAUCUCAAGGAUGGAAAUAAUUCAAGAUUUCAAGAACUGACAAUUAAAUAUUAAAGUUUAAAAAUUAAACUUUAAAGAUGAACAUCAGUUUUGAGCGAUUCAUGAUUGCAUGCAAUUACGAUCUUGUCAUAACAUUCCUUAGACUCUGCACUGCGCAGUGAUACAGCCAUGACCACCAGAACUCUGUGUUUUAGGUUUCUGUAAUUCAACAUUUCAAUGAUGAAGGAUUUAUUUCCUUUUAUCUAACACAGCUCUUAUGGAUUCAUAUUUAACCAAUGUGAUUUUGAGAAAUAGAUUCAAAGCAAUGCUAAAAUUAUUUUUAAUUUUGCUAGUAAUAGUUUAGAAUUUUAGGUUUAAACAUUUUGGCAACACGUUAUUUUAUUAUUACUGUGAAAUCACUUUUGUUUUUGUGUUGGUCUACUUUUCAUGUACUAGUGUAGUCAACAAAUUUAAGAACACAACAGAACUACAAUCAAUGUAUAGGCUAUUGACAAUUGACCGAUUGACAAUUUUAUUUUCUACCACCCCUGAUGUAUACAUAUAAUGUGAAUUUAUGAUAGACCUUUUUUGAUCCACAAAUUUAAGUACCAAACGAAAUGUGUAUGUUAGCAAAACCAUGAACAUUUAAGCCAAUGAAAUAAAGGAUUUCACAGCA